AUGUUGGCUCAUGUCUACGCAACUGAUUCAUUAGCAAAGCCCGCUAUUACAAACUGUUUUCCAUUACAAAAAAAGUGUUUAUGGAUUUCCAUAGGAUUUGUAGUCAGAAAAACAUGCAACCAGCGAUUUGGUGGAAUUACCGAGGUGGAUAUGAGACGUUGGAAUCGAAUAUCUUCUGCGAUGCACAUAAAUCAAGUGACUGGCGGGGAUGGUUGGCGUGGGAUCAUUUCCUACAUCACGUGGUGUCUAAAAGUCCCAAAACAGAGAAGAAUGGAGAUGAUGCCAUUAUCCAACCCGUCUGCUCGUUUCAAAGGCUUGCGAGCUGAGGUGGAAGCUAGAACCACUGAGCCUAUUACAGAAUAUCUAGUCCCUUUAAGCGAAAAGUGGAACAACAUUUUCCCCUUAAAAAUGUUAAUAACUAUGUAUCGUAUAAGUAGUUCUGAACACUUCCUAUAA